AUGCCUCCUUUGUCGACAUACACUCCGUUUGAGUCGCUACUCUUCUUCCAGUCCUUGGCAACUUCCGAUUCAAGACCUACUAGUUUUGGAACGAUCUCAACUCUCUUGCGCAACAAUCAGCUUGUUCGCGAAAAUGUCGAUUUCGAUGCUAGUCGCCUAACUCCGGAGGCGCUGGAAGAUCUGUAUGCGACAUUGAUGCGCGAUGGGUUCAACCGUGAUAGUGCGCUCUCUGUCAAUGGCCGACCCGCAGAUGUUUCCAGUCCACCAAAUCCGAAGAAGCGCAAGAUCUCCAGUCCGCUACCAGACGGGUUGACCGGUGGUUUGACCCAUGCCACACUUGUUCCAGAGCUGGUGGCGCAUCUUUACGCCAAAUACAGAGACCUUGUCACGAAGGAAAUCAGGGAUGAUGAGAGGAAGUACACGGAGAUCAGGGCUGAGCUCGAGCGGCUACAGAAAGAGGACGAUAGUGCAGCACUUGCGGCAGCUACUCCAGUAAAACCUGUGCAGACCGCACCUGUCGAGGCGAAGGACUUUGCGCCGAAGGAGGAAACACCACGCCAAGAUUUACAAGAACGAACAGGCCAGCCUCUUGCCACGACCGUCCCGCUCGCCCAGGAACAAGCGAAGCCCGAACCACCCCAGCACAUUGAAAUAAAUGUACCCCCUACGGCACAGGAGCCUCCAAAGGUACAACCUGCUCCGCCUGUCACUCAACCUCAUCCAUCGACCCAGGUGCAAACUCCGACUCCCACACCUCAAGCGGUUGCUGGGCAGGUACCUCAACCGCCGCCUACCAUGACCCAUCCGUUACCAAACCCGCCCACCCAACCUCCACUCGCCCCCUCUACCCAGAAAGCCCCUCCAACGACACCGGGACCGCGAGUCACACCGGCACAUCCGUCACAAAUCGCUCCCCGUGCCAAUCCUGUACCACCUGGGUCGAACGUUCCUGCCAAGCCUAGCCCUCUCGCGCCAGUUUCUCAACGAACUUCCGCUCAGCCGACUUUCCAGCAAUGGCAACUUGAUCCUUCUCCCCAUUCGCCAUAUCCGGCCGUCUCAGGUGCUGCUAUACCCCAAACAGCUCAGGGCACUGCCAAAAGACCUUUACCACCACUCUCCACCCGUGCCCCAUCGCCAGGUUCACAGGCACAGGUUCCCCCUUCCCAAACUCCGGUCCCACAUACACCCAGCGCCGUCCCAUCUGGGGUUCAUACGCCUGUUCCGAUUGGCCGCCCGCGUAUGUCACAGACCCCGAGCUUCACGUUCCCCUCAUUCUCCGAAUCGCGGGCUUCUCAACCACGUCUCUCCAUUGAUACACAAGGUUCCUCGACCCCAUGGAAGAAAACUCCUCGCUCAAGCAUUCCGAAAUCUCCCACAUCACCGCCACGGCCACGGCCGGAGGAUGUCAGUCCCAUCAGUGAAAGAGGCCGGUCGCCGGUUGAUGCGAUGGAAAUGUCACCUCCUCCAAGAAUUAAUCUGAGCCAGAGAGGUAGGUCCAGGGAAGAUAAAAAACGACGACGUGGCCAGCCUGAAACCAAAGCUGCAGCCCCCGUCAAGUCUGAAACGCUAGUUCUGCCCCGGAAGACCCGGGCUGCAAGUACGGCCUCUUCACGCAGCCGCGGGCGAUCCAUGGCUUCCCGCGACGGGUCCGCUGCGCCCUCGGAAGACACCCCACGUGAAUCACGAGCGGCGGGCCGUCGGAAGGGUGCCAGCGUUACGGCUGAGGAAGAGACGCCCAAAGCGCGGACAAAACGGAAACGUGGGCCCAGUGAAGCCUUGGAGUCGGAGCCGCCCCAUCCAGCAGAUAUCCCCAAAUUUGAUACAACCCAAUAUGUCAUGGCUACACGAAAUUUCCACCGGACCGCGGCGCCAAUCAUGAACGAUGUCGCUACCCACAAGCUUGCAUCUAUCUUUGCCAAGCCUAUUGGGGAGCGCGAUGCCCCUGGCUAUCACGAUCUCAUCUAUCGUCCGCAGGAUCUGAAGUCUAUCAAAUCUGCCAUCCACCAGGGAAGCAAAGCGGUCGCCACUGCAGCAGAGUCAGUCAGCACUCCUGUUGGUGAUGGAGAGUCUCCGGUUCCUGGCGGCACACCCUCCUCCAAAGGCGGCAUUCUCAUGUUACCUAAGAGCGGGGACUUCAUACCACCCAAAGGCAUUGUGAACUCCGCGCAACUGGAGAAAGAGUUGAUCCGCAUGUUUGCCAACGCCAUCAUGUUCAACCCAAUUCCCCAGCGAGGAUUCGGCCCCGCCUUCCCCAUGUCCACCGACCGCGGUUCACGCGAGAGCACACAGAUGGGCGAUGGAGACGAAGGUGGCAUCAUUCAGGAUUCGCUGGAGAUGUUCGAGGAUGUUCAACAGGCUGUUACUCGGUGGCGGGCUGCUGAACGCACCGCCGAUGAGCUGGCUAAUAAGAACGUACUCUCUCUUCGGCGUGGUAGCGCUAGUGACUUCAACACUGACAGUACCGACGAUGCGAAGGGGUGA